AUGGCCUCUGCCCAAUACCCAAUUGUCUUCAUUGCCAUUGUGCUUGUGGCAAUGCUGGAUCUUCUCCAGACUGCCCAUGCACAGGAAGAUGCUACAAACAACACGUUGCCCAUGGAUAUUCUCCAGUCCGCCCCGAUCAUUCCAGUUGAUACAGCGGAUGCCUCCGCAGUGGUCCAGCCGAGCAAUUCUUCGUUGGUGGCAACUCGGCCAGAUAUUGCGGCCCCGCCACCUUCUAAUAUAACUUCUCUACCCCAGGCAUCGGAACUUCCCCACCCUGGUGACGAUGAUGAUGACAGUGACGAUGGCGAUGACGGCGACAACUCACUAGGCCGCCGCCAGCAAUGUCAAGGAGGUCCGCUGGCCUCCCCCAUUGCGCUCUGGACAAACGUCAAGAUCCUCGCAGAUCGAGUCUGUGAGGUUUGGUUUCCCAACAACCAAGUCUUCUAUGUAAAGGCACCUCUUCCGCCCCCGGGUGCUAUCUCCGUCAGGAUCCCUGUGCCAAACAACCCAACUUUCAACUUCAAAUAUAUCACCCGGGGAAGCCCACCUAUAGCCGAUCUUGUUACGCCACUCACAAGCAAAAUCUGUAAAGACCGAUAUGAUGCGAUCCUAGCCUUUGCUGCCAAUCAGGCGAACUUUGGGUGCACCAAUCCGCCUAAUGUGCACGACGGGGAUGAUUGUAAUAAUGGUACUCAUUCUGCUUGCUUUAGCUUUUUGUUAAGCUGA